AUAUCAAAAAGAAACGAAGAGGCAGACGAAAGGGAAGAGAAGAGACAAUAUUCAAACAUUGAUGGCAGAGAUUUCUUUGUAUUUCCGGCGGCCAUGGAAAUAACAUUUAUUUCACAUUUAAUUAAAUAUCAUAACUGCACCCAAAGAAAAACUUAAAUUUCCUCAGUAAAUUCUUCAUCUACCGUUUCACUAUCUCUCUCUGCGUUCUCUCUUUCUUCCGAAUUGUCAAGGCUCGUCGACUCUUCAACUUCGAUCCGUUCUCAUCAUGUCUGGUCCUCUUGAUCGUUUCACAAUACCCUGUUUUGAAGGUUUCUCCAGCACUGAUGAGAGAAGAGAACGGAAGUCAGAUUUCGAAGUUUCAGAGGAUGAGAAGAAGACUAGAAUCGGAAUCUUCAAGAAGAAAGCGUCAAAGGCUUCUAGCAAACUUAGACGUUCUCUGAGCAGGAAGAGGAGACCAAGCAAGGGAAGAAGCAUCGAUCGGACUCCAUCUCUUACCUUUGAAGACAUACAUGAUGUUGAGGAGUUGCGAUAUGUCUCUGAGUUCAGACAGUCACUCAUCUCUGAUGAUUUGCUUCCUCCAAAUCUUGAUGAUUAUCACAUGAUGUUGAGAUUCUUGUAUGCUAGGAGAUUCGAUCUUGGAAAAGCAAAGUUAAUGUGGGCUAACAUGAUCCAAUGGAGAAAGGACUUUGGUACAGACACCCUUUUGGAGGACUUUGAGUUUCCUGAACUGGAUCAAGUACUCAAAUACUACCCUCAGGGAUACCAUGGUGUAGACAAGGAAGGAAGACCUGUUUACAUUGAAAGAUUGGGAAGAGUCGACCCGUGCAAACUCUUGCAAGUCACUACAUUGGAAAGAUACCUGAGAUAUCAUGUUAAAGAGUUUGAGAAAACUGUCACCAUCAAGUUUCCUGCUUGCUGCAUCGCUGCUAAGAGACACGUUGACUCCAGUACCACAAUUCUUGAUGUCCAAGGCGUGGGAUUAAAGAAUUUUACUAAAUCUGCUAGGGAUCUUAUCACCCAGCUUCAAAAGAUUGAUAAUGAUAACUAUCCUGAGACACUUCACCGUAUGUUCAUCAUUAAUGCUGGGCCUGGUUUUAAGCUACUUUGGGGCACGGUGAAGUCGUUUCUUGAUCCAAAGACUGUCUCCAAGAUAGAUGUGCUUGGAAACAAGUACCAGAACAAAUUACUUGAGGUGGUUGAUGCAAGUCAGCUGCCAGAUUUUCUCGGUGGUACUUGCACUUGUGCUGAUCAGGGAGGCUGUAUGAGAUCUGAUAAAGGGCCGUGGAAGGACCCUGAGAUACUAAAGAUGGGUCGCAGUGGUGGGACGUUCUGUAGGCAUGCUGGUGCUCAAAUAUCUCCAUCUCAUAAGCAAACAUAUUAUGGGAUGAAAGCUAGUGACACAUCAACAGCAGAGUCAGGGUCUGAAGUAGAAGAGUUGUCUUCACCAAAAACAAAUAUUUAUAAUCAUGUACCUAAGUUAACUCCUGUUUCUGAAAAUAUCAAGGCCAACGGUAAAGCAAGUCCUAGUGUUUUAUCCGAGUAUGAAGACUGUGUGCCAAUGGUGGACAAAGUUGUGGAUGUUGCUUGGCAGUCCCAAGAGAUGAUUACAAAUGUUUCCAAAGGUCCUGAAUAUACAUCAGGUUUGGAGAGAAUAGAAACGGUUAAUCAUAUCUGGAGGUGGCUAACUAUGUUCUUCAUGAACAUUUUGGCACUAUUCGCUUCUCUGACUCUGCCACAGACUAUAAGGCACUCACAGUUGAUUCCCUCAAGCGCUAGAGAUGAGCUGUGUGAUGAACCAAAUGCAAGGGAAUCUCGUCCUCCUUCGCCUUCUCGUCCAAGUACUAUCGAUGAAAGAGUCAUCAUGUCCUCUGUUGUAAGCAGGCUAGGGGAUCUCGAGAAACAGAUAGAAACCCUCCACUUGAGGAAAUCCGAGAUGCCUCAUGAGAAAGAGGAGUUGCUCAAUGCUGCGGUUUAUCGCGUGGAUGCACUAGAAGCAGAGCUUAUCAACACAAAAAAGGCAUUACACGAGGCCUUAAUGAAGCAAGAAGAACUUUUGGGUUACAUAGACAGGCAAGAGGAAGCUAAGUACAAGAGAAAGAAGUUCUGCUGGUAAAAAAAAAAAAAAGAAGUUCUGCUGGUGAAGAGAUGCGAGUUAAUUAGAUCAUGGAACAUUUACUAUAGGUCUGAAAGCAAAGGUUGCAGUGGAUUUUUAUGUAUAUAAGAUAAGAAGAAACUUGCAGUGAGAUUUUAGUUUAAUCCAAGUUUUUUUUUUGAAUAAUCAAAGUCUGCAUGAUGAUACUAUUGAAUUGUGUGAAUUAUUGGUGUUGCAACUAUGGAUUCUGUAUUGAAAGUUCAAAAGUAAAAACUAAAGGAAAAGAACAAAAAUAAAAUAAAGUGAUUUGUGA